AUGGCGUCUGAUGAUAAAACAAUGGACGAGGUGGUCAGAGUAAGUGCAGCUCAUAGCGAGACGGAAGUAAGCAAGCAGUAUGCAGGCGAGGUAGAAGGACCAGCGAAAGGAGCCCUGCAGGAAGCCAACCGAGGCCGUGCUGUCCAGAACAGCCGGGUGGUCGCCCUCAGUGGGAGCCCAGCGCUCCUGAAAGAGCAGCCUUACAGCGAUAGAAGUGAGCAGCUCGUCGCGUACGUGCUGCCAACUGCAUUCAAGUAUUGUUAUGUCUGGUUUGCUGAGGAUAUGAGGCAUCUUACGAUGCUGUGGCCGUCCGUCCUAGUGAUACUGGUGGCGACAGCAUGUGCGAGUGCGGACAAUUGUAUGCAGCUGCAAGACAAGCCAGGGUAUACCGUGCCACCAGGAGACAUCUCAGUGGAGUACGGCAAGCCCCUGGAGAUACUGUGUGUGUUGGACGCCGAACACAAGGCCACCGCAGGAAGCAACGCCAGCGACAUCGCGUUCGAGCGGAACGGGUCCCCCGUCCCCUCGAAAAAUGUGCAGGUGGUGAAUUCAACCACGGCACGCCUUUACAUGGAACAUGCUGAACCCGCAGGCAACGCCUACUAUUACUGUUUGCUCAAACCCAGCGGCCGAGAGCCAACCACCGUCUGCAUGAACCGCGUCGAUGUUGGGUACCCACCGGGGGAUCUGAAGAUUGAGAAUUUCACGUGUGUUUCUAGACACUUGAAAAAUCUCAACUGCACUUGGCAGGUUCCCGAGAACCCGAUAAAAACCACCUACAGCAUCAGCUACACGUACGGUUUGCCAGAGACGAGAUACCUCAACGGCGUCAAGUGCCCAGAUAAGAACAGUCCAAAUUUUGGGUACUGCUACUGGGACGGUAAAACAGAUCCGUUGUACCGCGAGAAGGAUGAGACCUACUAUUUCAAAAUAUCUGCAGAAAACGUUCUCGGCAAUCACACAUUCGAGGAAAUCGAAUUUAACCAGUGGGCACACGCACUGUUGGACAAGCCGGAGUUUCUGAAUGGUUCAUCGAAAACGACCAGUAGCGUGUACCUGCAUUGGCAGAUAGAUCCGAACCUGAAGCCGCUGCCGCUGAAGUACAAACUCCUGUACAAGUCGGAGACGUCAGAGUGCGACACGACAGACGAGUGGAAGCAAGUGGACACCUCCGAUUUCAACUGGAAGAGGUCGUCUUUCAAUCUCACCGACCUGCCGUACGCGAAUUUUCUGUACGACGUGCGGCUGUAUAUAGCUCCGGCCAAGGCGAAGGGGGACGACGUGUGGUCCGAACCGGCGACGUUUACUUUCAGAACGGAACCGAUGCCUCCCACAUCUCCACCAGAUCUCGCCCCGGGCAGCUUCCAGGUCAUCGGGAAGGAGUCUACGCGCGACGUUCUCAUCUUCUGGAAGAGGCUGCCUCGCUGCCGGGAGAAUGGAGACGAUUUCCGAUACAAGGUUGUGGCUAAAGAGGUCGGCACAGCGAAGCCAGAACUCGAGGAUCCCCAACCCAAGUCAUCGUACGCCAGGUUCAGUAACCUCUCGCUGAACGCGUAUGAAGUUUCCGUGUAUGCGGUGAACAAAGAGGGCAGCUCAAAACCGGCCGUUAUACUGAUACCCGAGAAGGUGCGGACACCGCCUCAGGCUUCGAGAAUCGUCACGGUCGUCAAAGAGAACGGUGUUGUACAACUGAAUUGGGACAGGGCUUUUCCGGAAGUGGGGACGAAGAAGGCAGAGACGUUCACAGUGUUUUGGUGCCAGAAUGAGCAGCUCACCAGUGUGCACUGCUCGGGAUUGCUCAACUCGGCGGUGGUGAGCAGCGAGAAGGCCGAAGCGACCAUCCAGACGAGGCCCGGGAAGGUGUACGAAUUCGGCGUGGCUGUGAACGCGGGCAACGCCAGCAGCGGCAUUACGUGGGUCACCUGCACCUUGAGACCGGACAGCGUGUACGGUCGAGUUUCCAUGCCGAUCGUGCUCAAGACGGCGGCCACCUUUCUGGAGAUCAGCUUCAAGGUGGACUGCCUCAAUGGACUGAAGAGCGCCCACUAUCAAGUUCAGUACUGCGCCAUAGACGGGCCCACGAAACCAGAAUGCAGGUGA